AGAGAGAGAGAGAGAGAGAGAGAGAGGGGGGGAAAGUUCCACCCUCAGAGAGAAUCGAGCACAGCAGCUGUUCAGGACAGACCCACCGCAGAGGAGCCAAUGGCGAAACACAUGGACAGGGGGUGAGGACGCUGAUGAAGGAGGGAUGAGUGCGUCUGGAUCAGAAAGCAGGCUCUGGGCUUUGAGGUCCAAUCAGAAAGGGCACAGGCCAGGCUACAGCCAUGAAAGUGUGAAGUGUUAGAUGGACGUUCAGAAAGAGGAACUUCGGGGAAAAGAUCAGGAACUGAACAUAAACAGAGAGCAAGAGCAUGUUACAGUAAUACAAUAGCAGUACCUGAGAGAGAGAGAGAAGUAGAGAGAGAAAGGAGAAGACUAGAGGGAGCCACAAAGUUAACGUGGGGAGAGAGGGUGAGAGAGGGAGAGAGAAGAGAAAGAGAGAGAGAGGCAGGGAGAGAGAGAGAGAGAGAGAGAGAGAGAGAGAGAGAGACACACCAAAAAAGGGCUUGAGCCAGCGCUGGAAUCACUGCUUGCUUGACAAACGCACAGACGCGUGGUGAGAAGAAUAAGGCAACAACAGAGAGAGAGAGAGAGAGAGGGAGAGAGAAAGAGAGAGAGAGCGAGAGAGAGAGAGAGAGAGAGAAAGAGUGAGAGAGAGAGAAAGAGUGAGAGAGAGAAAGAGAGAAAGAGAGAGAAAGAGAGAGAGAGAGAGAGAGAGAGAGAGAGAGAGAGAGAGAGAGACACCCUGACUGAUUUGUGAGGAGCAUUAAAGCCUUGAGCCCAGACGGUGGGGGACAGGGUGCACUCAGUCCUGGGUACGUGUGCUGCAGUGCUUUUUUAAGUUUCUUGUGUAGAUUUAUGGUCAGUGUGAACAGGCAGUGUUCUUUACGGGAUAUGGAGCGGAGCUGGGGCUGAACACAGCUCUACAGCUGUGCUGUGCCACUAUGUCGUCGGGCCCUGGGCCCCGAGAGGCCCCGGUCCUACGGGAGAAAUUGCUGAAGGAGCCUGGAGGGGCGGAUGAAAGCGGGGCAUCGGGCCCUGUGGGCCUGCAGACGCUGCUGGACCUUCUGGUGGGCGUCUACCAAGAAUUCCAGUCGUCCAGCCCGACCAGGGACAAAUACAUCGGCCGCUUCCUGCAGUGGGCCGAGCCCCUGGUGAGACAGGUCAAGAAGACUCGCAUUAAAAGGAAUGAUUUCAACAUCUUGAAGGUGAUUGGACGGGGUACGUUCAGUGAGGUUGCAGUGGCCAGAAUGCGCAGCAAUCAGCGAGUCUAUGCUCUGAAGAUCAUGAACAAAUGGGACUUGCUGAAGCGGGGAGAGACAGCAUGCUAUCAGGAGGAGAGGGAAGUUUUGCUAAAAGGAGAUCGGCGCUGGAUCACUGAGCUGCACUAUGCCUUCCAGGAUGAUAAUUAUCUUUAUUUAGCAAUGGAUUACUACGUUGGCGGAGAUCUGCUGACGUUGCUCAGUAAGUUUGGUGACCGUAUUCCAGAGGACAUGGCUCAGUUUUACUUAGCCGAGAUGGUGAUGGCCAUCGACUCUGUCCACAGACUGGGCUAUGUUCACAGAGACAUUAAGCCUGAUAACAUCCUGCUGACGGCGGAUGGUCAUGUACGACUGGGGGAUUUUGGCUCCUGUUUGCAGCUGCAGGAUGACGGCUUGAUCCACUCCUCACUGGCUGUGGGCACUCCAGAUUACCUGUCUCCAGAGAUCCUGCGGGCCAUAGAGGGAGGAGGGGGCUAUGGGACAGAGUGUGACUGGUGGGCUCUUGGUGUGUGUGCGUAUGAGAUGUUGCUGGGGACCACACCCUUCUACGCAGAGUCUCUGUCUGAAACAUACGCCAAAAUAAUCCACUUCCAGGACUAUUUUGAGUUCCCUCCAGGAGCUGUGGAGAUUUCGGCAGAGGCACGGGCGCUGAUCUCAGGGCUGCUGUGUGAGAGGAGCGAGAGGCUGGGCUCUAAUGGCUCUGCGGACUUCAGGAAUCAUCCCUUCUUCAGUGGACUGGACUGGAUUGCUCUGCACAGGCUACCUGCACCAUACCACCCUGAAGUCUCCAACGCUACAGACACCUCCAACUUUGACGUGCUGGAUGACUGCCUCAGUGAAACAGAGACCCUAAGUGACGUCAUGGACAGAGCUCCUGUAGGAGUUCAUUUAGCCUUCGUUGGAUACUCUUACACAGCCACCAGAGAAACGGGCGCUGUUGACCGUAGCCAAGACAUCAUGAUGGAGAUCGACCAGCAGCUGGGCAGAGAGCAUCUAUAUCUUCAGGAGAAACUGAGUCAAGUGUGGCAACUCAGGGAGCCUGUGCCAGCUGAAGUGCCAACACAGAGAGUGCUCCCCCAGGCUCUUGAGCAAAGUACUGCAGAGCCCUCACUCACUUCAGAAACGGACCAGAGCAAAAAGGAAAUCGAGGAACUACACAGGCGGCUUCAGGAGGCCGAACAGCGAAACAAAGAGCUGGAACAAGAGGUGCAGGCCCUGCGUAAGGAGAUCUGCAAACUGACGGUCCAACAGGAGAAAGGCAAGGAACAAGGCCAUCACACCAUUUCUGAGGAGAGAAGGUUGUUUCUUUCUGAAGGUAGUUUUUGGGCAUAUCAUGAAAAGCUCAGUUCCACAAUUCAUUUUCUCAAAAGGAUCCUUAUUAACGUCAUCGUUUACUCAGGGACUAGUCAUAAUCUGCAAUUUAGCUCGGAAACUUCUCUUCUAUGCUGGUUUCUGGAUGGUGUCAAACCGACACAUCCACAUAAACUUUUUUUGUUUUUGGACUUUUUUGUGUCACCAUGAAUGUGUAUGUUUAAAGCUUUUCCCAGAGAUCAGUUAUACAUGUGUCAUCCAGGAAUAGGAGAGUGAGAGUUCUUCUGCAGCACAUGCCGUUCAAAGACAGUACAGCAGUCACCCGGGCCUCGUGACCACAGAGCAUAGCGGCUCAACCACCCCCCCACUGCCUCCUGCUUUCACACCAACAAGCCACUCAUGAAGAUACAGACUCUACACUCACUCCUUUUGCUUUAUUUGCGUGGAGCAGGCAUCACUCUCAGUCAGUCACGCAUGCCAUCCCACAGUCACGCAUCACCUUCGUUCUGUUGUCUACCGCAGUGGGCUGCACAUACCGUUUUCAAGUGGUGGUUUGGCCAAAAAUCAAAUUUACACAAUUUUCCUUGUACCCAAAACGUAGUCGAUCAGCAAAGACAUUUGUUUGGUAUCUGAAGUUUGCUUCUUUGGUUUUGCACUAGUGCUAGGAGGCUUAUAGCCAACAAGUAAUGGCAGCUUAUAGCCACUAGUCUAUCAUUGUGCAAACUACAUGCCCAAAUC